AUGCAAAAGACGCAGAUCAACUUUAUCCGCGGCUGGCCGGCGCCGGAGCUGCUCCCCGCCGGGCAGCUCGCGGCCGCGUGCCAGCGCGUGCUCGCAACGGACCGGCCGGACGUGUAUACCCCGCUGCUCGAGUACGGCGCCGACGAGGGCUACGCGCCGCUGCGGCGCGGCCUGGCGACGUGGCUCGGCCGGCACUACGGCGUCGCGCCGGACCCGGACCGCAUCUGCGUCACUGGCGGUGCCAGCCAGAACCUCGCCCGCAUCCUGCAGAGCUUCAGCGACGCCCACGUCACGCGCGCCGUUUGGGCCGUCGCGCCCGUGUACCACCUCGCCGUGCCCAUUUUCCAGGACGCCGGCUUCGGCGGGGGCCGCGUGCGGGCCACGCCCGAGGACGAAGACGGCGUCGACGUCGACGCCCUGCGCGAGAGGAUGGAGGCGCUGGAGCAGGAGGAAAAGGGUCGGGAUUUCGGCAAGCCCACCAAGCUGCCGCACCCAAAGCGCAAGUUCUACCGGCACCUCGUCUACCUCGUGCCGACAUGCGCCAACCCCUCGGGGAAGUCAAUGCCCGUCGCCCGCCGCGAGGCUCUGGUCCGGCUCGCGCGCAAGCAUGACGCUCUGAUCAUCUCUGACGACGUCUACGACUUUUUGCAGUGGCCGCUCGACGGCCCCGUCACCGCCGCGCCCGCGCCCGAGACGCUGCUUCCGCGCCUCUGCGACAUUGACCUGGCCCUGCCGCGCGCUGACGGCGACCCUGACGGCUUCCGGCACACAGUGAGCAACGGCUCCUUUAGCAAGAUCUCGGGCCCUGGCGUGCGCACUGGGUGGGCCGAAGCGUCGCCGGCCUUCGUCGCCGGCCUCGCCAGCACCGGGUCGACGCGGUCCGGCGGCGCCCCGAGCCAGCUGUGCGCCGGCAUGCUCUCCGACUUGGUCGACAGCGGCGAGUUGGAGCGCAACAUUCAUCAAAUCCUGCGGCCGGCGCUGCAGCGGCGCCACCGUCUGCUGCUGGACGCGGUGCGCAAGCACCUGGCGCCGCACGGCGUCAUGUUUCGAGAGGCCAGUUUGACAGGCGGCAAGUCCUUUGGCGGCUACUUCCUGUGGCUCAAGUUGAAGCCGGGCUUCUCGGCGGAUUUGGUUGCAAAAGUGGCCAGUGAGGAGGAAAAUGUCAUAAUUGGCUUCGGCAACAUGUUUACGGUCCAGGGAGAAAAGACAAAAACGAGCUUCGAUCAGUAUUUUCGGCUGUGCUUCUCGUGGUUGCCCGAGGAGGAGUUGGAAGAGGGCGUCAAGAGGCUGGAGAAAGUCUUGGUCCGCAUCGAAAAAAAUGAACAACACUACAAAGCUCUCGAGCAGAAAAUGCUCGGUCAAGGUGACACGAGGCAGUUUGUAUAG